AUGGAAAUAGCACGACUCCUAAUGCAGAACCCCUGGUUCUCUCAUGGUCAUGCUUCCGACCUGAAUCCUCUGCCUCUCACCGCUGGUGAUAGUCUACUCCCCCCUCCCCUUGUUCCUCUCGACCCUCCUGAUCCUUUAGCCUCUUUUCCUUUAUCCCAGUUCCCACCCCUAUCCUCACCACUUUCCCAAAAAACUUCUUCCUUCCCGCGUACUACUCCUCUCAAGGCGCCUGUGGGUAAGACUGGUGACAAGAUAUGCUCUAACACAGAAACUACUGAUGUCGAGAUGACUCAGUUGCAUACUACCUCCCCUGAGGCUGCUGAACCUAGUUUCCCAAAAACUAGAUCUGAAAAUGUUACUGUUCCUGAAAACUUUACUGUUCUGAAACCUAGAUCCACCUCCCCUCUUCAGACCAACAAAGCUCUUAACACAGCUUCCUCUAUCCCGACUGCUGCUACUAAAGCCCAAGUCCCUCAACCUGUUCAGCAAUCACGUGCUCAACAACCUACUGUUCCUGUGGAAAACCAAACUGCCAAUGGUCCUACUUUGGCUGAAAGAACAAGGACGUUUGAAGAUAGAUCUUUGCGUCGUCUUGCUCCAAUUACCUUCUCCGACACUGGUAGACCCAGGGUUAUCAUCCCUGAUGAAGUCUUCCAGCGAGGUGAGGAACUGCACAGAGACUUCAUCGUCUACUAUUUUAAUGGAAGACCACCUCCCUACUGCCAAAUUUAA